AAUACUACGCCAUUAAAGCUAAAUCGAAGAAGAAGAGCAGAGUCACAACAAACAAACGAGCGAAGUAAAUUUCUUCGGCUGAAUUGGAACCUAUUAACAGGUACGCUGGAAUUUUCUGAUACCCACUCGGACAUGUCCUAUGUCUUCAUCAACGAUUCGUCGCAGACCACGGUGCCCCUUCUGCAGGCCUGCAUCGAUGGAGACCUGCCUUUCGCUAAAAGGCUCCUGGAGACUGGAUGUGACCCAAACAUCCGGGACAACCGAGGCCGCACAGGCUUACACUUAGCUGCUGCUCGUGGAAAUGUCGAGAUAUGUCGCCUCCUACACAAGUUUGGGGCUGACCUGUUAGCAACAGAUUAUCAGGGGAAUACAGCACUGCAUCUCUGUGGACAUGUGGACACUAUUCAGUUUCUGGUGUCCAACGGGCUAAAGAUUGAUAUCUGCAACCACAAUGGAUCGACUCCUCUGGUGCUGGCAAAGAGACGUGGGGUUAACAAAGACGCCAUCCGUCUGCUGGAGGGGCUAGAGGAGCAGGAGGUCAAAGGUUUCAACAGAGGACCACACUCCAAACUGGAGACCAUGCAGAUGGCUGAUAGUGAGAGUGCAAUGGAAAGCCAUUCCUUACUCAACCCCAACCUGCAGAGCACCGAGGGCGUCCUGUCCAGCUUCAGGACCACCUGGCAGGAGUUUGUGGAGGACCUGGGCUUCUGGAGGGUCCUGCUGCUGCUGGUGGUCAUCGCCCUGCUCUCCCUGGGCAUCGCUUACUACGUCAGCGGGGUCCUGCCUUUCUCCACCAGUCAGCUGGAGCUGGUGCACUGAGAGGGGAUGGGGAAACGCCAAACAAACCUACGAGGGAGUAAAAGUCAAGUCUGGCUGUUCAUACCACAGAAAUUCACAUUUUGUUUUAUUCUCAGCUGACAUACUCCUUGUUUCUGUUAUCUAAACAAGAAGACAGUUAAUUGUAUUGUCAGUAAGAAGUAAUACAAAACACAUUCUCAACUCAAAAAUGUUAGAAAGCAACUUGAUGGUUGUGAGGUGAGUAACAGACUCAUAUUAUGACUCAUACUGCAAGCAUUAUGUCAGUUUUGUUUUAUAUUGUGUAUCAUAGCCCCUUUAAAACAAUAUCAUAUUUCAAGCUACUUAUGGAAAAUAAUUAGUGGGAGAGUAUUACGUUGUAUAAUGUCUUUAUUUCACUUCUGUUAUCUGUUACAUGCUGUACAUUGCUGAUAUUUUAUGUAUUUGUUUCUCUUGUUUGAUUUGUUUAUUAUGUUAUUUAUCACUUCUGUUUUCUUUUCCAUUCAUAUGAUUUUCUAUACUAAGUACUGUAUCCCUGCUGUCUUUACCCUUUUUGCUUUUGAAGACUACAUCUAUCCUUUAACAAAUAAUUCAUUCUGCCUGGAAACGGUUUCAAUCUGCUUAUCUACAGAUUAGCAAAGCACCUUGAAUGUGUGCCUUUUGACAGAGAGCUUUGUGUUUUACUGCAGCUCAUCCGGACACUCCCACCUAAAGCAUGCUGCUUUGUUGCAUUAAAGUGUUCUAAAUGUCAAUGCUUCUACACUGUAGGAUAACAGCAGCAGAGUGAUGAUUUAUUUGUUGUAUAUUCAUUUUAUCCUUGUAAAUCAUGUCUCUUUUAUUUGUUGUAGGUUUCCCACUGUUGAUUUAGUGUGGACAAGUAAUUUAACAUAAUAAAAUGAAUAAUGU